UCCUUCCCAUUCUGAUCAGGUGCGCUCCUCCCCGCCCCUACCCAACCCAAGCCAACGCCCUACCUGACCUUGCUCUGACCGACAGUUACCGACUGCAGCCUCAGCGGACUGGGCGGGCUACAGCCGAACUCAAGUCAACGUCGUGCCGUCUCAUCCCGUAACCUCGUUCUUUUUGCCGGGCAAAACAGUCUUUUUUUUUCAUUCCUCUCUCUCACCUUCCACCAUGUCCGCUUCCGGAGUAUCGGUAUUGGAGGUGCCCGCGAGCAGAAUGGACAAGUUCUGUCGCUUACCGCCAGAACUCCGUACAGCCGUUAUUGAGUGUGUUGUCGCUGACUGCCGCUACGGCGAUGAGCCCGAUUCCCUCGCCGACUACGCCUUGGUCUGCAAGGAGUGGCAGGCCGUCGUCGAGCGUUCCAACUUUGCCGUCCUCAAAGUCACCCUGGCCAACCUGGACGACUUUGAGUCAUCCAUGGUCGGCUCUCGCCGCAAACUCGUCCAGCGGAUCAACCUACACGUCGACCUGCCCGCCUACGACAAUGAUCCCUGCGAAAAGAAGGAGACCUGGGAGGACAAGGCCGAGAAUAACUCGUGCUUUACUCUUGCAUUUUACCGUCUGUUUGGCAUCAUGCAUUCCUGGACACAGGAGGAUUCCACCCGUAACGGCAUCGAUUUCUCACUAAGCAUCUCUUCACCCAGCGACCUCCGCAACGCCAACUUUGAGCUAUGGCAACGACGCAGGUGGAAUAUCAAAGAUAUCGGCGAAAAGCGUUUCGCGGACUCUUGGAUCGAUUUCGUCGGCCAGGAUGAGGAGUUUGACCGGGUCAACCGCCUGCCUGUGGUUAAGGUGAUAAGGUCGUUCACAGUGAGCCCUCAGAACCACCGGGCACUGAUGCCCGCUGCUCAUGCCGACAUCAUCGCCCGGCUGCCCGGGUUGCGAACAGCCAAUUUCGACAUCACCAAGGACCGUAAGAAGGAAACCCGCAAAAUCCACUUCAACCAAUUCGCCGGUUCCAUGACAAAGUGGCCCACCUCACUGGAAUCUCUCACCAUCAUGUCCAAUACGAUAUCAUCGUGGCGCCAGAUCCCUCACGAGACGCUUGCUGAAGGCGACAGCGGUGCCAAGCUCUGUGAAAAGCUCCGGCGUGCCGCUCAGCAUCUCAAGGAGCUCAGCGUCACCAACGUCGUGCGUAUCAGAGAAUUCUUGCGUCCUCACUGGCCCAUGGGGACGGACGAUACCGAGCCGUUCCUGGCGAACCGCUCGUAUCACCCAGAGUUCUGGCUGCUCAAGACUCUCUACAUCUCUUAUGGAUCCAUCUGGUACAAUACAGAGUGGCACAAGCAGAGCGACGAUAUCAAUGAAUCCUCGGAGCUAGUCGAUUUCCGCCAGAAUGUUUCCCUCGCCGCCGCCCGGAUGGCGUCUACGAUGCCCCAACUGAAGCACAUGACCAUCAAGCAGCGGCCUCUAAUGUGGGCAGGCAAGCAUGAGCUCGAGUACAAAAUCGAGGACGACGACAAGGCCUACUUGACCUGGACGAGCACCUUUGAAUUUAGGCCAUGGGAGCGAACGGUGGAGGCGUGGGUCGAGGUGGCGGCCCGGCAGGAGAGGAAGCUCGAAGUUCGCAUCAUCACUAGGGCUUGGCAUACAGACGGUAAAGCUCCUCUUCUGCCAUCACUCACUUUUUGAGCACUCUUUCUUUCUCGGAAUCGAGGGACUUCAGUGCGCGCAUUCCUUUUUUUUCUUUGGGCCUUUGGGGAGGACGGAGUUCUUAUGGCGUUCUCGAAGGAUUUUUGGCAUUUCUCCUUGGUACUCCUCUCAUUACACUUGGUUCAUGAUACCCAGGGUCCGGAACCGCUCUUCACGGCGUCAUCAUUACAUCUCAGGGAAGGGGAAAGCGGGCAGUAUUAAUA